AGCCCUGACAUUGACAUCAGAUCCAUAGGCGCCAAACGCCCGCUCCAGGAGACAUCCCUCACCACAAUACAUGGAUAAAGCAGCGCCGAAGCGCCAUUGCUGGGAGUGUCUGCGACUGAACCUCGUCUGCGACGCUACCAAACCGGAAUGCAGUCGUUGUGUCCUGGCAGCCACCUCCUGUCCCGGCUACGGCGACACGAAACCAACGCGUCUGAGGUGGCUGGCCCCGGGCAGAGUCAAGUCACGUCGUACCAAAACCAUUACCACAGGACAUGAUGACAACAAAUCCCUUGCGGCCACUGCUCCCUCGCAGCCCCCGCCGCUCCAUGAUGAGGAGGCGUCGGCGUCGGCGUCUCUGGUCCCGAUGGCCAUCGACGAGAACCCCGAACUGACCGACACAGCCCUACUGCUUUUCCAAGCUAUGGAAUACUACAACUCGUGCAUCUACAUGGACAUGUGGCCCAUCCAUCAGCUCGGCCAGCACCCCAACUUAUACCCAGUCUCGGUGGCCCACGUGCGCCAAGGCCUCGAGCGCCCCGCCUAUCUCCAGUUUGGCAUGAUGUGCAUGGCCCUGGUCCACCGCAUCAACCGGCUUGGUGGUCCUGCAUGUCCUCAGUCCAAGGCUCUCGCGCGACAGUUCUACCAGUUCCGUGGCAUAGCCAUCCACGGUCUGAGCCAGGGCAUUGGCACAGAUAGCAGCUUGGCGGACAACUGCCUAAUCGCCGGCAUCUUGACCGUCUUGCUAAACGACUGUAACUUCGGCACCGGUCUCCACGCGAGCUGGCGAUACCACCUGCAGGGUCUCUACAGACUGAUCACGCUCCGUGGUGGGUUCGUCGCGUUGGCAGAGUCACCGGGAAUGGCUCCUUUGCUCACGAGCUUUUGGUCCGUGGCAGUUUACGGAAACACAACCUGUCCGGCAGACGACCUCGUUGGGACCAGCACAUGCCUCGACUGCGUAGAGUUCAUCCUGAAACGCUGCGCGGAAAAUACGACGCCCUUCCUGCUCUGCCCACCAGGGCUCUUUGUCGAGAUCAUCAAGAUUAACCACCUUCGUUGGCGCGCGGCUACGGCCACACAAGAGCGGCGAGCUGAACACAAACCCUCCGGCGCGAUCAUGAACGUCCACGACCAUGGGCUCACGGGCGAGGCGAUGGAAAUCAUGGUCCGCGUAGCCGCCUUCUCCCCGGACCUCUGGGCCGACCAUAAGCGCCACCAGUCCUCCAGGAGCAGCUGGGCCCUGGCCGGUAGGUUAUAUCAAGCCGUCGUCACGAUAUACUGCAUCAGCUCCCUGCGGAGCGCGUCGGUCCUUCCCCACCACUCGCAUGUCCUCGACGCGUGCCAGGCCGCCUGCCUUCGACUCGCCCACGCGGUCUUGUCAGCCGAGCAGGGCGGGCUGCUGGCGAGUCCGAGCACACGGCGCUUCAUGCUGUGGCCGCUGGUCGUCAUGGGCGUCGAGGCCGCCGCGGCGCGGGAUGACGAGAGGGAUGGCGAGGAUGGAAGUGGCAGCUACGGCGCGACGUUGAGGGUGUUUGUGAGCGAACAGCUCGUCAAGCUGUCCGCGGACCUGAGCACCAACGUCCCUCUGACGGCCAAGGGCGUGCUAGACGUGUUCUGGGCCAAGCUUCCACCGUCGCUCUCCCCUGAGUACGGCAGGGCUCGAUGGGACGACUGCUUCGACAGACCCUACGCCUUGACAACGCAGAUUGCGGUAGACACGGAUCGGCUAGGGGGGUAGACAGGAAGACAACCCCCGUUGAUGCCGGAGAUGCCAUGUAACUCGUAUGGUACCGAAAUCCGAGUCUCCAGCCAUAUGCUGGACUUCAAGUCCGAGCCAAGCCCCCGAACUUCCGUCUUGUUGCAUCGCUAGUCCCGGCAAAUCCCGAGGCAGCCAAUGAGUUGCUAGCACUGUUGGCAGCGUUAGCGCUAGAUCUGAGUUUCUUUGGUGGCUUUAUUCUACCUUGCAACGAUGACCUGUUACCCGCCAGGCUGCCUACAUUCAGGCAAGUUGCGAAAGUUAGCACUAUUGCUGAGUUGUUUGUCAAAUGCUUCAUUUGUAUGGUUUUCUAAACCUGUGGGGGUGAAUUAAUGCUGGGAACAGUGACACGGGCGUCGCGCCAGGCGACUUUCGUGGAACUCCUUGCAAUUGCCGACCAUGGUUGAAUAGAUACUUGUGCGCGGCGGUGUGUUGCCCAUCGCACUUUCUCUCUCCUGU